CUGGACUUUGAAGCCCGUGUCCCGGUCCCCUUCAGCAUCUUUCCCUCCACAUAUCGGGACAGCGAAGCGCAGACCGCCACCGAGACCAAGACAGAGGUCGAUAUCAAAGUUCAGGCAGAGAAACCCGGACGGGAAGGUCAACACUCUUCUUCGUUCUCUGUCACUGCCGAACAGCCUCCUCGCCCAGAGCACCGCUACAGUGAAGAAGAGGUCCGUAUCACACGUGAAGAAGAACGUCACCACCACCGUCCCGGUACUACCUUUGAGCACGAGCAUCACGUCUACGAGUCAAGACGCCCUGCUGCACCUCGCACCGAGUACACAGACACCCACAUCCACGUUGACGCUCGCCCUCACCCCGAGCCUUACUCCAGCCCCAUUGACCUCGCUGAACGUCAGUACCGCGAGCGUUACCGUCCCUCUUACAACUCCCAGACCUACGACGCUACUGUAGACGGCGUCGCACCUGGUCGAUACCAAUCCCACCACCACACUCAGGUCAACGAAUACACCGUUGACUCGCGUGUGCCUGGAUCCGCUCCCCGCAAGGACACUUCCCACUUCAACGAGUUCACCGUUGAAGAGCGCGUGCCCUCUGCUCCCUACAAGCAAAACACUUCUCACGUCAACGAGUUCACCGUUGAGGAGCGUGUUACUUCCGCCCCCUACAAGAACAACACCACCCACUUCAACGAGUUUACCGUCGACGCUCGCGUUCCCGGUUCUGCUCCCCGUAAGGACGUAAAGUUCUCCGAAGAAACCGUUGAACCCGCCCGCUUCUCUUCCACUCAACAAAAGUCCAAGAUGGGUUACUACGACGAGGACGGUCACUACCACUCCUUCCGCCAGGGAGUUCACAAGCUGGCGGACCGCAUUGCCCACCCCCGUCAUGAUCAUGUCGAGGCUCACCACGGUCCCCGUCCCCGCCCUGGUGACUCUAGUGAGGCCUAUGCCCCCAACACCGUCACCAUCCCUUGCAACCACAUCCGCCUGGGUGAUUUCCUGAUUCUCCAGGGCCGCCCCUGCCAGGUCAUCCGCAUCUCUACCUCCUCUGCAACUGGACAGUACCGCUACCUUGGUGUUGACCUGUUCACCAAGCAGCUCCACGAGGAGUCCUCUUUCAUCUCCAACCCUGCCCCCAGUGUCGUUGUCCAGACCAUGCUCGGCCCUGUCUUCAAGCAGUACCGUGUCCUCGACAUCCAGGACGGCAACAUCGUCGCCAUGACCGAGACCGGUGAUGUCAAGCAGUCCCUGGCCAUCAUUGACCAGUCCAACCUCCACGGCCGUCUCGCUCGUGCUUUCGAGUCCGGCCGUGGCAGCGUCCGUGUCCUCGUCCUCAACGACAACGGCCAGGAGCUCGCCGUCGACAUGAAGGUUAUCCACGGCUCUCGCCUGUAA